AUGUCUGAUUGGGAAGCCUCAGAAGGCGAAAAGGUCACCAGCCCACCUCCAAAGGUUGCACCUGUGAAGAGAACCGGAAAGUGGAUGGGAGAAGAUGAGGAAAACAAUGCCCCAGCUAGUGACUGGGAUGACUCUUCAGAAGAAGAGGAGAAACCAGCCCCAGCGCCGGUGGCACCUCCGAAGAAGAAAGGAACAUUGAAACAAAAGCUAGCAGAGAAGGAAGCGGCCAAGGCUCAGAAGAAGGAUGAAGAUGAUCUUUACGAUUCUGACGCAGUGCUCGACCCGAGAGAAAAGGCACGACGGGAGAAAGAGAGAGAACUCAACGCUGAUCUUAACAAUGCUGCAGAACUUUUUGGGGCAGCUGCGAUCGGCGGUACAUCAUCGAAAGAACUUGACUCGUUGAUUUCCGCCCAACCUCGGACAAAAGAGGACUUCAAUGCGCUGUCGUCCAAGAUAAUAGAGUUUAUCAUCAAGAGACACCAGAACAAGCCGUUAUACACUGCGUUCGUUGAGCAUCAUGUGCGGGAAUUGGCUCAACCUCUGAAAGAUGUCGAAGUACGAAAGGCUGCGAGUGUGCUUACGACGCUUGCGAAUGAGAAGCAGAAAGAACAGAGAGAAAAGGCCAGUGGCAAAAAGAAGUCAAAGGCAUCGAGCAAACCUGUUCUUGGAGCGGCCAAAGUGUCCAACAAGCUGGAUACAACUGUCUACGACGAAGCGAUGGACGACUUUGGGAACGACGGGGAUGAUUUCAUGUAGAACGUUUGUUUUGAUGACUGGCAGCUCUUACAGAUCUCUACUACAAGCUUACUUUCUGUUUAGUAGAUGUAUUUUCAAUGAAGUUGUAUUUCCAGCAAACUCAUACGAUGAUUAGAUGACGUAUUCGCAUCAAGCAUUCAGUCUGAUGAAGAUGGCCUGCAAAUCCUACCAAGCUCCUCUGUUUCUUGGAACAACUGGUACCCGCAGCGACGUGUGAGGGACGAAGAGGACUUUCUCAUUUUGCAUCAAAGUCGAUUUUCGCGGAUGUGUUCAACAUUACGACAAUGCGCUGGAGCUACGGUUACAAAGUUCUCAACACAGCUCUCGGUCACUCGUUGACAAGAGAUUCAUUCGAACCACGCUGAUACACGCAUUUUUAAGGCUCAACCCCAAUCAUUGUUCAAGUUCGUCUAUCCGCUCGAGAGGGUUCAUGGUUAUCUGUCAACUUGAAAGCGCUAGUCGUUUUGGCGUCUCGAUAUUUUUGUCUAUUGUGUUGUGAUCGCGUUAUCGCUGUGCGUACUCUCGGAGUUCAGCUGAAGCCACUCUCCUCCAUUCCUCCAUUGAGUUAUGCCCUGCGACUCGAGAUUCCUGCUGGGAUCCGAUCAAAAGUCACUGACAUCCCGCAACAGUCCAAAAGGUCAUGCUAUGUCAUUGUAAACGCUCUCGCCCUGUAUUGGAUUUCGCGAUUGCAAGAAUGAAAAGCAAACUUAAGAGCUCCUUGAAUCAUCUCCUUCGUCAGCACAAACAAUGUGGGAGCAUGUUUACCAUUAAUAGAUCAACAGAUCGCAGAGUUUUGAUGCCCUUUGUCAUCUUUCCGCCAUCUACAAUUGUGCACAAGAACUGGAGAGGCAGUCCGUUGAUCCUUAGGCCAAUCCUUCAUUCCCCCCAGAUUUACAUCUAAAAGCCCUCGACCUCUAGUCACGGUUACCGUUCAGCACGGACUAGCAACCCAUCUCCGCGUCGUGGGAUCUCUAACUACACAGUAUCUGGAAUUCUAAACGUGCUGAAACACCGAGAUUGGACAAAGACCGCCCGAUAGCGUAGGCGAGCGCAUCUAUGUUGCAUCGAUUGGUUGGCACUAUUGCGGAGUCGUUAUUGAUAACUCACCACGAGGCUGAAGGGUAUCCCGAUACUGGAUCCCUUCAGCUUGCUUGAUACCGACACUAGUACUUGUAUUCUUCGACACUGAGCCCGCU